AGGACAGUUUGAGAAGACUGUCCAACUAGUAGCUGGUUUAUUAUUCUUUUCUUAUUAUAGGUGUUUCUUUUAAAAAUACACAUAGACACACACACCUCCACUCACACUGAAGAUGCAAGAUGAAGAAAGGUAUAUGACAUUGAAUAAACAGUGGAAGAGGAGUUCCACCCAAACACAUCAACUUAAAUUUAAAGAGACAUUGCGCUGGUAUAGAAUCUCACUGGGAAUAUCUGGAACAGUAAAUGGGAUUCUUGCUUUGACUUUGAUCUCCUUGAUCCUGUUGGUUUCUCAGGGAGUGUUGCUAAAAUGCCAAAAAAGAAAUAAUUCAAAUGUUACCCAGCAUGAUGAUAUUGGAAACCUAAAAGUGAAUAAUGGCACAAGAAGAAAUAUAAAUAAUGACAUAAGCCACUGCAUUUCAAAAUCUGCAGACCAGGGAGGGCCAUGCCCACUGGAGUGGCUCACCUAUCAAGACAAGUGCUAUUGGUUCUCUAAUGAGAUGAAAAAUUGGAGUGAGAGUUAUAUAUAUUGUUUAGGAAGAAAAUCUCAUUUGCUAGUUAUAAGGGACCAACUUGAAAUGGCAUUUAUACAGAAAAACCUGAGACAAUCAAACUACGUGUGGAUUGGACUUAACUUUACCUCCUUGAAGAGGACAUGGACUUGGGUGGAUGGUUCUUCAUUGGAUCCAAAGAUGUUCUUCAUAAAGGGACCAGCUAAAGAAAAGAGCUGUGCUGCUACCAAGGAAAACAGAAUUUAUUCUGAAGCCUGCAGCAGCGUUUUCAAGUGGGUUUGCUCUUUGGGAGUAAGAUCUUAGAAAUGUAAUUGAAGGGGCCAAAAGGUGGCAUGGAGGUUAAAGCACUGGAUUCCACAUGCAGACUCUAUGGUUCAAGUCCUGAACUCAGCAGCUUGAGAAUCACACUGGGUGUAUGUGUGUACAUGCCCCAAAUC